AAGAGGAAAGGGAGGUAGACGACGAGGCAGUACUUCACCUUCGUCUAACUCCGGAUCGUCCCGUGACCCUGUGGAGAGAAGGGGCUCUCGGUCGUCGGAAUUCAUGCCUGCUGCUGUCCUGCUCCUCCGCCCUGCUGUUUAUGACAAGUUCGGUCUCAUGACUGCUAACGGCGCUAAGCUAACCUGCCAAGGAGGUGGACCAGGAAGUAAAAUCGACAGCGCAUCCCCUUUCUCGUUUCAGAGAGUCUGCGAAUUUCUCUUAAGCUAAGAAGUUAACCAGUGUGCUGAAAGUCAUAUGAUCAGUGGAGAAGAACCCUGCUUUGGUGACGUUCCAUCCUAGUUAGUAUAAAAAAAAACAAAAACAAAAUAAAAGAUGGCGUCGAGCUCCGAGCGCAGUCCACCUCCGUUUCCCGACUCCGAGGAUCAAGACCUCCUGGAAGAGGUCGAGGACCGAGCCAGCGAUGAGGACGAAGGAGAAGACAUGUUCAUGAGUGUGAAUGAAGAUCCCCUGACAGAUGUGGACAUUUCUCUCCCAUCUGACAGUCAACCGAGUGACACAUUGACAAGUCCUCCUUCUGAUGACUUGGAUGAUUCUUUAACUGACAUAUUCAGCAGCCAUCCACCAACUAAACCCACCAUGCACCUCCUCAGUGAGCCAGAGGAAUUUGUCGACUUGACCUCUCCAUAUGACUCCAUUGUAGAAAAGGAUGCAGAAGCAGUAAAUGUUACUGGAGAAAACCCCCAAGAGGAACCAUCAGAUGACUCCGCCAAUAUGUUGAGAAGUGAAAGUGAAGAAGCGCAAGGGGGGGUAGAGGGAGAGGACGUUGCUUUGAAUUCAGGAAAAACAAAAGCAAGCAUCACUGCCGUACUAGAGGAAGCCGUACUGAAAGUUACUCCUCCACUUGUUGAUGGUAGCGGGGAUCCUGAAGUCAAUCAGACAAGCAAUAGAAUUAUUGACCCUUUGGUUGACUUGCGUAGUGACCCUAUUCCUGCAGAGGCUGGAAAACCUGGCCUUGACCUGUUUGAAGAUGAUGGGAUUGAUUUGUUCACAGAACCACGUCUAUCGAAACCUGCCAAACAGCAACAGAAAAGCCUCUUCGGGGAAGCUGACGAGGAUCUGUUCGGUGAGCCUUUGGGUGCUACCUCCAAGAAACCUAGUGCCAGGCGAUUAGCAGCUCCCCAAGCGGCUCCUAGUGAUGGGAGCAGAAUCAGUGGACCUCUGCACUCUAAAGAAACUGCUGAUAUAUUCUCAGAAGAAGCUGUUGGAACUGUGCCUAGCAACAGCAAACCCAUCAAUGUAAAGACCAAUGGCAUUCACACUGAAGAAGAGGCAGAGCUGUUCUCUGCAGAAGCCACAGUUGAGCUUUCCCUGGACAGUCCCAGGACUGAGAGGAAGACCACAGAAAUGCCUGCCAAGCCGUCUGGAUCCGGUCCAGCUCCAGCCGUCACAACUGUGAGCCGACCACAGGCCGAUGCCUUGGAGGAACUGGAAGAGGAGGAAGAUGAGCAGACGGAGAAACCUGACAUCUUUGUUUCUGUCACCGACCCGGAAAAAAUAGGUGAUGGGAUGAAUGCGUACAUGGCUUACAGAGUGUCUACAAAGACUUCCCUCUCGAUGUUCCGUAACAAGACGUUGACCGUGAAGCGCCGCUUUAGUGACUUCUUGGGUCUAUACCAGAAGCUUUGUGAAAAACAUUCACCAAAUGGAUACAUUGUCCCUCCUCCACCGGAGAAAAGCCUGUUGGGUAUGACAAAAGUAAAAGUUGGCAAGGAAGAUUCUUCAUCUGCAGACUUCGUUGAGAGAAGAAGAGGAGCUUUGGAGAGAUACCUCCAGAGGGUUGUCAAUCACCCUUCACUCCUACAAGACCCUGAUGUGCGAGAAUUCCUGGAGAGAGACGAGCUGCCCAGAGCAGUGAGCACCCAAGCUCUGAGUGGUGCCGGGUUCUUGAAAAUGCUCAACAAGGCUACGGAUGCUGUCAGUAAGAUGACCAUAAAGAUGAACGAGUCUGAUGUGUGGUUUGAAGAUAAGCUGCAGGAGGUGGAGUCUGCAGACCAACACUUCAGAAAGCUGCACUCACUGGUGGAGACGCUGGUCCUUCACAGAAAAGAGCUUUCUCUUAAUACGGCAAGUUUUGCCAAGAGCACAGCCAUGUUGGGCAGCGCCGAGGACAACACAGCUUUGUCGCGUGCUCUGUCACAACUGGCAGAGGUAGAGGACAAGAUGGAGCAGCUGCACCAGGAGCAGGCCACCAAUGAUACCUUCCGCUUUGCUGAACUCAUCGCAGAUUUCAUCCGAAUGCUAGGAGCAGUGAGGGGCUCCUUUGACCAUCGUAUGAAAUCGUGGCAGCGCUGGCAGGAUGCACAGAGUAUGCUACAGAAGAAGAGGGAGACAGAAGCCAAACUGUUGUGGGCCAACAAGCCUGACAAGCUGCAGCUUGCCAAAGAGGAGAUCUCUGAGUGGGAGGUCAAGGUGCAGCAAUAUGAGCGAGACUUUGAGAGAGUCUCUUCUACAGUCCGCAAGGAAGUGGUCCGCUUUGAGAAAGAAAAGACCAAGAACUUCAAACAACAAGUGCUUCAGUACCUGGAUUCUCUGCUUCAAUCUCAACAGCAGGUGAUCAAGUACUGGGAAGCAUUCUUGCCAGAAGCCAAAGCCAUCGCCUAAAGCUGCAGAGCAGCAUGCUGCCUUUCUUUUUUCGUACACUUUACCUCUUUGCCUUCUUAAAUCAAAGAAAGACCCAGCAUCAAAAAGGGAGAUUGAUCAGCCGCGCUGGUUUAAAUCACUGUCAACGUAUAUAGCCGUGCAUUCUGUUCUAUAUUAAUAAUUGUAUAUUUUCAUUUGAACUUCACAAAAAUAUUUUCUUAUUCAAUUAGAAAUGAAUUUAUAUGACAAACAUAUCGAAUAAAUCUAUUGAUUGGGUUGAAAGUGAAUGCAGUUGGAGAUGAAGACUUUCACUGGUGAGAAUGGAGCAGCUGUUUUUGCUUACAGUCAGUCAGACAUGGGACCUAAAAAGAGACAGUCUCCUUAAACCUGAAGACCUGGAGUUCUUUUAGUGGUUUUCGCUUACAUUCUGGGUGACGGCUGCUGUUAGGGCACAGGAAGUGGCAUAAGGUUUCCCAGCUGUAUUAAAAAGGGCCAUAGGUCAAAGUGUGGGUAUGUUUGUGUGAUUGUUAAAACUGUACGUGCCUUUAAAUCUGAGUCUCUUGUCUACAGGUGGAGCGAAAUAGUUUUCUGCCCUCGGCACAAAUACACUUUUACUUUUUUCUCAGUCCUUUGUCUUCAAUUUACUGUUUCAAUUUUUAUUGGGUCAUUUAGCUGUAAGCAGUAGCCUUUCCAAAAUAGGUAUCUCUGGUGACUGGGGUUCAGUUUUGCCAUGUUUACUGUUUUUUUUUUUUCCUCCUCUGAAUAAUUUCAGUACCUGUUUAUACUUUCAUCUCAUCAAUCACAUACCGAAAUUGAGACCAAAGACCAAAGUCACUCAAUCAACUUGUAAUCAACACAAUUUUUUCAGUUAAUAAUUAUUGCAAAGACAUUAAUGCACUUGUGCACCAUGAGUAAUCUUAAUAAAAACAUUAACAUUGUGAAGUAAAGAUUUGUGACUGUUGUGGGCAAGUACUUUAUUCGUAAAUUACAAUUGACCUUUUAAGAUUUCAGGUAUAUGUUAAUCCACACAGAGAUUAUGGUCCAUGUUGUCUUUGUAUUUCAAGUUUUCUUCUAGUGCAAUGUUACCACAGAAACCGAGACUGUGUGAACUGUCUUUCUAAAAACAAAUCAAUAAAUGUUGAACUGUUUACACUACCUAACGAGCAGUCACUU